AUGCUCGAAUUCCAGAAGCAGAUCCUUACAGAAUUGGUGGAUCAGGAUGCACUCUUGAUUCUCGCUCGAGGACUAGGACUCUUCAACAUUCUAUGCUCGUUCUUGGAUCUCCAUACAAAGGACAACCACUUGGUGCUGGUGAUCAACACGACUCAAGCGCAGGACGCGGCUAUUAUCGACUACCAAGCUUCAAUGGGCCUUUCGCCAACCAAUCGCAUGCAGACAAUCACGGCCGAAACGCCUGCAGAGACAAGAGCCAACAUGUAUCGACAAAGUGGCAUCUUUUCUGUUACUUCACGCAUCUUGGGGGUCGACAUGCUGCUGGAACGUGUACCUAUUUCAAUGAUAUCAGGCAUCAUAGUGUAUAACGCACACAGGAUACGACCCGAUUCAAUGGAGGAAUUGAUCCUACGGAUAUAUCGCAAAGGAAACGAGCAAGGAUUCAUCAAAGCCAUGUCGGAUCAACCUGAAUCAUUUACAACUGGAUUUGCUCCUCUUCAAAACACGCUAAAGACACUUCAAUUGCGUCAUGUUCAUUUGUGGCCAAGAUUCCAGGUCCUUGUCGCCGACAACCUUUCAAAAGCAAAAGCGGAUGUGGUGGAGCUGCGACAGCCAAUGACUGAAAAGAUGGAUCAGAUUCAACAAGGACUAGUGGAAUGUAUGGAAGCGACCUUAUCUGAAGUACGGCGGCAUCAAAGUGCUAUGGUGGACGUGGAAGAGUUUACGAUCGAGAAUUCCUUCUUCAAGUCCUUUGAUGCUAUUAUUCGACGGCAACUCGAUCCCAUCUGGCACCGUGUCAGCCCUGCAACCAAACAACUUGUGGGUGAUCUCAAGAUUCUUCGUCAAUUGCUCAGCUAUCUGGCAGACUAUGAUGCAGUUUCAUUCUACAGCUUCCUUGAAACAGUGAUUGCAAGUAAUUCACCAAAGGAUGUGCGACAUGGUCAACAAUCCCAGUGGUUAUUUUUAGAUGCUGCUGAACGGGCAAUUUCAGCAGCUCGACGACGUUUGUAUGUCAGACCCAAGGAUCCAGAAUACCAGACCGCUUCUCAUACCACUAUAAAGGAAGGCAAUACACCCAUUCGAUUGGUGCUUGAAGAACAACCCAAAUGGCAUCUUUUGCGAGAAGUAUUGGAUGAGAUCGAGCAAGAUUUGGAAUCCCAUACUAAGGAGGGUGCGCCUGUGCUGAUUAUGGUGAAGGAGAGGAGAACGAUCUAUCAGCUACAAGAGUACAUUUCGGGAUCAGUAAAAAGCGACACCGAAGCAUCAUCACCGUUAUUGGAAAGAUUGAUCAGGCGAUUCUUCAGUCUCCGGAAAAGCAUUACCAAUAUCCAGGAACAACAGCAAAAGGAGCAGCAGCAGAAACAACAACAAUCAACACCUUCACAAUCAUCCAAUCAACGUGGUGGAUUCGCUCGUGGAAGUGCACCGCCUAAUAAACGAAGACGUGUUCGUGGUGGAUCAGUUGCAGCAUCAUCAUCGUCGUCACGACCACCGCUAGCAGAAACCUUCAAAGAUGAUGUGCAAGAUACCAUUGCAAUGUUGGAUACACCUACCGAAGCUGAGAUACCCAUCCAAGUGGACGAUGAAGUUGAACUGGGAGAAGAUGAUAUUUUACCAAAGUUCAAGGAGAUCCCUGCUACAUCGAUUAUAUCAAUACAAUGCUAUGAGGAUGAUCGAGAUGCACAUGUUCUUGAAGAAUUACAGCCUUUAUUUGUGAUCAUGUACGAUCCUGAUCCAACAUUUAUACGCCGCCUGGAGAUUUAUCGUGCAACGCACCAAGAAGUUGAUAUCCGGGUCUAUUUCAUGCUGUAUGAGAAUUCGGUUGAGGAACAAAACUAUUUGAGCAUGAUCCGUAAGGAGAAGGAUGCUUUUGAGAAGCUAAUUCGUGAAAAGUCGAUUAUGGCGAUCCCAAUGCCCCAAAAGAAAAAUCCACAACAAGAGCAGUUUGCACGAGCCAUCAGUUCACGCAUUGCAGGAGGACAAAUCAAAGACAAAGGACCACCCACUAUCAUCGUCGAUAUGCGAGAAUUUCGAAGUUCUUUACCACCUAUCUUAUACGCUGAAGAAGUCAAGAUUGUCCCAUGCACGCUUCAAAUCGGUGAUUAUGUGCUUAGCCCGGACAUGUGCGUUGAACGUAAAUCCAUAUCAGAUCUUAUCUCGUCCUUCUCUUCAGGAAGACUGUAUACCCAAUGUGAAAACAUGUGUUUGCAUUACAAGACGCCGAUACUGUUGAUCGAGUUUGACGAAGGCAAAUCGUUCUCUUUGCAGAAUCUCUCAGAUAUGAAGGACACGAUCGUUGCUACCGAUUUAUCAUCCAAGUUGGUGCUCUUGACACUCACGUUUCCCAAAGUCAAGUUGAUAUGGUCAUCCAGUCCUCAUGAAACAGCGGCUGUGUUCAAAGAGCUCAAGAGAAACGAAGAUGAACCCAACGCUGACAUAGCGAUGAUGGUAGGAGCAGAGAAUGCGGAUGAUCCCAAUCAAACACACAACAUGACUCCUCAGGAAAUACUACGGAGCAUGCCAGGUGUUGAUUCCAAAAACUACAAGUUAUUGAUCAACGCUGUUGAGAAUCUCGAGCAAUUGUUUGCACUUUCAGAAAGCGAUAUUGCAAAGAUCAUCGGCAUCGAGCCUGCGAGGAAGCUUUACAAGUUUAUCCAUCAAAAGACAGGAUAG